AGGCAACUACUGUUCUUUCUUAACCGCCCUGCUCUUACAUUGAAAUGCAGAGGAAUAAAUUCAACAAAAACGGAAAGUUUUACUUUAUUGUCUUGUGGACUAUUCUCAUCUGAUACGUGACUGUUUGCUCGUAAGAGAAAUAUUAACGUUGGAUUUGGUUUAGUCCCCCCUCUGUUGCUCCAUAGUGUGGAAUCCUCCGUCCUUCUCGCAUUAGCGCCUUUCUGCUGCUGCAGUAUGAACGGACUGAUCUAGUACACGCGGAUUUCGGUUAAAAUGUUUUCCGCUGGUUUGGGAUUUUGGGAACGACUUCAAGACGGACACGUGUAAUAAUAAAUAAUGUCAUUGAUUUAAGAUUAGCUCCGGGGAAGUGAACAAGCAAAGCGUGCCCUUCUUUAUUAAUGGACCCAUGAAAUAAGGGUGAAAAUGACAUAUGGCGGAAGUUGAAUCACAAACAGAGAGACUCUGAGUAAGCUGGACAGUGCCUGUCCCAUAAUCCCUGCUAGUCGGGUCAAGGGACCAUGGGAGAUGGAGUCGGCAAUGCGGUGGGAGAAGGGAUGAAUCAGUCUCACGUGCUCUUUGACCGCUUUGUCCAGGCCACCACCUGCAAAGGCACUCUCAAGGCUUUUCAAGAGCUUUGUGACUUCCUGGAACUCAAGCCCAAUGAAUACCGUGUGUUCUACCACAAACUCAAGUCCAAGCUCAACUACUGGAAAGCCAAAGCUCUCUGGGCCAAGUUAGACAAGCGUGCCAGCCACAAAGAAUACAAAAAAGGAAGGGCCUGUGCCAACACCAAGUGUCUGAUCAUUGGCGCUGGACCAUGUGGUUUACGAACAGCCAUAGAGCUGGGCUUCCUUGGAGCCAAGGUGAUUUUGCUGGAGAAAAGGGAUGCAUUCUCCCGAAACAAUGUGCUCCAUCUUUGGCCUUUCACCAUUCACGAUCUGAGGGGUCUUGGAGCCAAGAAGUUCUAUGGCAAGUUUUGUGCUGGAGCCAUCGACCAUAUCAGUAUUCGCCAGUUGCAGCUGAUGCUUUUGAAGGUAGCUCUUCUCCUUGGCAUUGAGAUUCACGUCAACGUGGAGUUCAGAGGCCUCAUUGAGCCACCAGAAGACCAAGAGAAUGAGAGAAUUGGGUGGAGAGCUGAGGUCCACCCCAGAACACAUCCAGUCAAUGAGCUAGAGUUUGAUGUCAUAAUUGGGGCAGAUGGGAGGAGAAAUACACUGUCAGGUUUUAAGAGGAAGGAGUUCAGGGGCAAACUGGCUAUUGCUAUCACAGCUAACUUCAUUAACCGCAACACGACUGCAGAAGCGAAGGUAGAGGAGAUCAGUGGAGUAGCCUUCAUCUUCAACCAGAAGUUUUUCCAGGACCUUAGAGAAGCCACAGGAAUUGACCUGGAAAACAUUGUCUACUAUAAGGAUGACACGCACUACUUUGUAAUGACUGCCAAAAAGCAGAGCCUGCUGGAGAAGGGCGUCAUUCUACAUGACUAUGCUGACACAGAAAUGCUGCUGUCCAGGGCCAAUGUUGACCAGAAGGCUCUGCUGUCCUAUGCCAGAGAAGCAGCAGAUUUUUCUACCAAUCAUCAGCUUCCAAAGCUGGACUUUGCCAUCAACCAUUACGGCCAACCUGAUGUGGCCAUGUUUGACUUCACCUGUAUGUACGCCUCAGAGAACGCAGCACUCGUCCGCCAGCGCAACGCCCAUAAGCUGCUAGUAGCCCUGGUGGGGGACAGUCUUCUAGAGCCGUUCUGGCCGAUGGGCACUGGAAUAGCAAGAGGUUUCUUGGCAGGCAUGGAUGCAGCAUGGAUGGUGCGGAGUUGGGCUCAAGGAAGCUCUCCUUUGGAGGUGCUGGCUGAACGGGAAAGCAUCUAUCGACUGCUGCCUCAGACGACACCAGAGAAUGUGAGCAAGAACUUUAGUCAGUACAGCGUGGACCCGACUACACGGUACCCCAACAUCAGCCUUCACCAAGUCAGACCCAACCAGGUACGGCAUCUGUUAGACUCCGGAGAAAUCAGGGAUUUGCGUGUCGACAUGGAGAAUGUGGUCAACUCUUCAACUCCUAAACUCACAAGAAAUGAAAUUCUGCUUGAGAAGCAAUUGCAAGAAUCCAUCGUGCGCUCCAGUAAGCUGCUGAACUGGUGUCAAAGGCAGACGGAGGGAUACAGAGGUGUCAGCGUGUCUGAUCUCACCACGUGCUGGAAGAGCGGCCUGGCUCUGUGCGCGCUCAUCCACUGUUACAGACCAGACCUCAUUGACUUUGACUCGCUGGAUGAGAAAGAUGUGGAGAAGAACAACCAGUUGGGUUUUGACGUGGCCGAAAAAGAGUUUGGGAUUUCUCCCAUCAUGACUGGGAAGGAGAUGUCUGUUGUGGUGGAGCCUGACAAGCUCUCCAUGGUGAUGUACCUCAGCCAGUUCUACGAGAUGUUCAAGGACACCGUGCCACCUGGUGAAAACCACAAUAUGAGCCCUGAGGAGAAGGCUGCGUUGAUUGCCAGCACUAAAUCACCCAUCUCGUUCUUCAGUAAACUGGGUCAAAGCAUCGCCAUCUCCCGCAAACGAAACCCCAAGGAUAAAAAAGAAAAGGAGCUGGAUGGACUGGGGAAAAGACGAAAGACCAGCCAGGCUGGACAAUCAGAGGAUGAAGAGCUGCAGAGUAAUCGAGACGACAGGCCCUCUAUAGCUGCAGCUCUGGCAGAGCGUAAAAUUGACUCUGCUGCAGCAGUGAACAACAACAAUAAAGUGAAGGUGAUGGCCACACAGCUGCUAGCGAAGUUUGAGGAGAACGCCCCCACGCAGUCCACCGGACUCAAGCGACAGGGGAACUCCAUGCCCGAUCUGGGGCUCAUACUGACCCCCUCUCUGAAAGAGUCAGUGCGGCUGGCUCCAGUCCCUGCAUGGAGGAAGAGACGCACACCAUUACAGGAGCAGAUGAGUUUCCGCUAUAAGGAAAGACUGAAGUGUCAAACUCUCCCAAUCAAACAGGAGCAGGCCAGCAGCGGGACUGAGGUCUUGAGGUGCUGCCCUAAGAAAACCAUUCUCCUUUCUUCUUCCUCACCCUCAUCUUCCUCAUUCUCUUCAUCGUUUCCUCCACAUGCACAGCAUUAUGUUAACCAGUCAGAGAUAAACACGUGUAAUGGUGGUGGUGAUGAAGAGAAUGAGAUCCAGGACCCUUCAAUCUAUUACAGGGAAGAUAACCUGCCUAAUGAGGACAAGCCAGAGCCCAUACAUAUCCCUAGCAUUCAAGAGCGAGUGGACACUCUAGUGUCUAGGUUUAAAGGCAAGCCUGACAGAAAGGACAAGCCACAGGUUCUGAAAAAGCCAUCACGAUUCUUUGAGCAGUGGCUUUUGACCCACCGCCUCAGUCCUGAGCAACCCUUUUACCCUUCUGACCCCCAGCAUCAGCGGAGGGAGGUUUUGUGUUCUGAUGAUCACCUGCCUUUACACAUCCCCAGCAUUCAGGAGAGAGCCGAGAGGUUAGCCUCUCAGUUUAAAGACAAACCAGCAAAGCCAAAGUCUAAGAAAAAGGCCCCAGACUUCUUCACAGAGCAUUGGUACAGACCACGUGAUGCCAGCUCUGUUAGCCCUCUGCACUCUCCCAGCUCUUUCCGGCAGGGUUCCUUGCGGAAGGAGUUCCCUCAGAACAUUGGAGGCAGUGAUGUGUGUUUUUUCUGUCGGAAGCGUGUGUACGUGAUGGAGCGUCUCAGCGCAGAGGGAAAGUUUUUCCAUCGCAGCUGCUUCAAGUGCGACUACUGCGGCACCACCCUCCGCCUGUCCUCCUACGCCUUCGAUGUUGAGGACGGGAAGUUUUACUGUAAACCACACUACUGCUACCGACUUUCUGGUCUGGCACAAAGAAAGCGGCCUGCUGCUCCUGCUCCCGUAAAUGCCAAGGAGCCCCAGGUGUUGGCGGUAACCCCCAACACAGUGGACGCCCCAGGCCAAGCCAUAACUUCUCAGGACCCUGUGGAACGCCGGCCCUCAGUCACAGAGGUGAACGGGGUGACAGAGCCCAGCGUGGCCAAACGUCUUAAAGGGACUCCUGAGAGGAUCGAGCUGGAGAACUACCGUCUCUCUAUGAUGAGAGAAGAGGAGCUGCAGGAGGUGCCUGAGGAGACGCUGGCCGAGCACAACCUCAGCAGUGUGCUGGACAAAGCCACCGACGUCGAGGAGGGAUCCAGCAGCUCAGAGUCUGAUAUGGAGGAAGAGGAUGAAGAACCGGAAGCGGCCGGCCCGUCCGAUCUGGGUGGGGUUCCCUGGAAAGAGGCGGUGGAGCUCCACGCUAAACUAAAAGGAGAAAGCGACCCCGGUGCAGCUGAUUACGACAAUGGUCUUCAUGAUGGAGAGAUGGACGAGGAUGAAGAGGAGGAGGAAGAUGAAGACGAGGAGGAGGAAGAAGAGGAGUCGAGUGAUGCGGGAGAGUAUUUCCCCUGGGACAGGGAGCUUCAGUCAGGUCUUUGGUUGGAAAAUCUCACAAAUGAAGAGGAUACGGGUGUAUUUAAAGCUAGGAACCUGCACAUCCAGCAAGCCAUACAUCCAGUAGACCCUCUGGAUAUCCAGAUGGACAACCACUGGACAUCCAAACAUGUUGAAGGACUGGUUGGGGUCCCCUUGCUGUCACCUUUAGGCUCUCAGCCCUCGCUGAACAACACCCAGCUCACACAGCCCACCUCCUCCACAGCCCCCUCCCACAAAUCCAUGUGUCAUGAGUCUGUCAGAGCCUGGUUGGACUCGAUGUCUGGAGAGCCCUGUGAAGAGGAUGAUGACCCAGAAGCAGAAGCCGGCAGUCCUGACUUUGAGCCAGGCACUGAAAUAGAUCAAGAGGACAUUCCCUCAGAUGCAGAGGCUGAAGCUCGCUCACAUUGCAUUGAUGAAGUGGUGAUGCUUCCAGUGGAUAAUGGCAAAGCAGAGAUCCAGGGACACGUUUCCAACACUGAGAAAACGUCUGCAAAUCCAAUGGAAUUGAUUGUGGAUGUUGUGCUGUCUCCAAUCCAAAAACCUGCAUUACCCAUUGAAGAGGUAAAAGAAGUUUCUCCUGUAAUACUAGUUAAAUCUCCUGGUGCACGUUUUUUUCCUGAGCCCUAUCUACUUGAUGAUGUCAAACCAAACAUUCCCUUGCCUCUUAGUCCUGAUGCUAAAAGUCCCUAUUCACCUGCUGCUCAAAUUAUUGCGCUGUCACCCAUCUGCUCCCAACCUGUUCCACAACCAGAAACAACGUCUCUUAAAUCUCCUGUACAGCAUGAGCCUUGUGCCUGCUCUCCAACAGGUAAUCCUUUGUCUCCGAUAUGUACUCAGUCACAACCCUGCAACGAGCCACCCUCACCCCUCUCCACAAGCUCGCCUGUCAGGACUCAGCCAGUCCCAGCUAUCACUUCCACUCCUUUGGCUAAACCUGCUUCUGAGAAGAGAACCAAUGAACCCUUGAAAGAUUCAGUGCCUGAGGAAACCCCCGUCAAGAAAACGGACCUCAUUGAGGAGUUCUGGUUGAAGAGUGCAGAGAUCAGAAAGAGUUUAGGACUCUCUCCUCUGGAGCGAAGCAAACCAUCAGUGGAGAAGAGCAUUGUGAAAACUCCAACGCCUGGAUCACCAUCUCCAAAGUCUUUCACCCCAGAGGACUUGUCUGAAGAGCAUAAGCCUUCUUUCACAGGCCGUUCUGUCAUACGCAGGAUCAACAUUACUUUGGAGGGUCAGGUUAUAUCUCCGGUGGAACCUAAGAGUAGUGGUUCUGAAAAGAAGGACUUGAGCAGCAGUUCAGGGUUGGGUCUUAAUGGAAGCGUGACUACAAGUCAGACAGUAGCUAGUGACAGCUACAACAACUCUGAUUCUACCAUGCUUACCCCUCCUUCCAGUCCCCCACCACCUCCACCUAAUGAGGAACCAGCUUCUCUCCAAAACAAAAGGUCCCAGAUGUCCUGGGACAACCUUCUUGAAGCCACAGAGGAACCUAAACCUGAGACUGCACCCCCUAAACCUAAGACUCCAGUUAGCCCUCCUCAACCAAAACCACUUGUGGCUCCAGUUCCAGACCCUGGAACUAACCCACCUGUUGUUAUGAGAGUUAAGGAACCGAAUAAACCACGACGUGAAGAAGUGAGAAAGUCUUUUGUGGAGUGUGUAGAAGAGAUACCAUUUGCUGACGACGUUGAAGAAACAUAUGAUGACCGCACUCCGGACACAAGUGUUCUGGAAAGAUUUUACACCCCGCCAACCAGCAAGGUCAACCGUGAGAAGCCGCCUUUGCACCUGGCACUGGCAAUGGAAAAUGGCAAGCCCAACAUACCUGGUGGAGUUUCCCAGACAGCAAAGGGUCCCCAACGUUUUUCUCCUGAAGCCAAGGAGAUUGCAGAAGAGCGAAUGCGGGCACGGGAAAAGUCUGUGAAGAGCCAAGCUCUGAAGGACGCCAUGUCCAAGCAGCUUACGAAGAUGAAAGAAUCAGAUGCUGCCAAGGGUGCUGUGGCAAAAGUAGCCUGGAAUGUUCCUGAGACAACAGGGAAAAGCAAAAAGCAAUCAAACACACUCAAGGACUCUGCAGUGAAGGCUUUGGAGUCCAAAAAGCAGACAGACACACCACCUGACCGUUUCUUCACCACACCAACCAGUAAGACCUUGGACAGUUCUGUCACAUCUUCAGAAAGCUCAACAGGGGGCAAAAGCAAGAAGCGCAGUUCACUGUUUUCUCCGCGCAAGAACAAAAAAGAAAAGAAAGCCAAAAAUGAAAGGCUCUCUGGCACAGAAGAGACUCCACCCAAACACAAGUCCCUGUGGAAGGCAGUGUUCUCUGGCUACAAGAAGGACAAAAAGAAAAAAAGACGACAAGUCAUGCCCAAGCACAUCUCCAGCUCUACAACUGAAGACUCUGGGAAGAAGAAAGAAUCACCAUUGGACAGGUCCUCAGAUUUACGUCUGAGGAGAAAUCUGAGCUUUUCUGAGGACUCUGAUCUCUCCUGUGAUGAUGUACUGGAAAGAUCCUCUCAGAAGUCCAAGGGUGAUCGUCAUAUGGACCUGUUUGACUUGGUAUCAGAUUUGAAAAAAGAUGAGAAAUCCAAAGAGAAGGAUAAGGACAGGGCAAAGGAAAAAGGAAAAAGAGUAACAAAGAAGGGCAAGGAAAGGUCAAAAGAGAGGGAGAACGAAAGAAGAGUCAAAGAAAAGAUUGUGAAAAUGAAGGAUGUGGAGAAAGAGAAAGGAAAAGAGGAGGAGUCUGUUUAUGUACCUCAUGCACUGGCGUUCAAGAGAUCGUAUGCCACAAAGAAAACGUACACGGAGGAGGAACUCAAUGCCAAGUUAACAAGAAGAGUACAGAAAGCUGCACGGAGGCAGGCCAAGCAAGAGGAGCUCAAGAGACUCCACAGAGCCCAGAUCAUUCAGAGGCAGCUGGAGCAGGUGGAAGAGAAACAGCGGCAGUUAGAGGAGAGAGGUGUGGCUGUGGAAAAGGCGUUGCGAGGGGAAGCAGGGUUGUAUAAAGGUACUAGUGUUAGUCCAAAACAGCGUAAGAGGCGCUCAGACUAUUGGGGAGAGUCUAAUUACAGUGAGAUCCUGGAUUUGCAUCUGGGCGGAAUGGGUAAAAAGGACGAUCCAAAGCUGAUGCAGGAAUGGUUUAAACUGGUCCAGGAGAAGAAUGCCUUGGUGCGCUAUGAAUCGGAGCUGAUGAUAUUUGCUCGUGAGCUGGAGUUGGAGGACAGACAGAGUCGACUGCAGCAGGAGCUCCGAGAACGCAUGGCAGUAGAUGACCAUCUGAAGACCGAGAAGGAACUUGCAGAGGAGAAACGGAUUCUUAAUGAAAUGUUGGAGGUAGUCGAGCAAAGGGAUUCUCUGGUGGCCCUGUUGGAGGAGCAGAGACUCCAGGAGAAAGAAGAGGAUAAGGACCUGGAGGCGGUGAUGCUCUCUAAGGGAUUCAGCCUCAACUGGGCUUAGCAUAACAAACGCUUCUGACUGCCAGACGUUCCCAGUUUCACUGCAGGGAGUGUAAAAAAAUGCAGAAAGAACCAGUCCAUCUUCCCCCUUGUUUAAUUGGGCAUCAAGAACGUUUACAAAUCCACUCAUGAGCACGAUGAUGAUGUUUACGAGUUCUUCUGGCACGACUCAGGGCGUUUCUCUCGCCAGCCAAGGCAUUGGUUUUGUGCAAGACGCUCUCAUUCAGAAUGAGUUUUUUUUUUUUUUUUUGGUUUUGAAAAGGGACAUAUCAAUCCUGCUGAUGUUGAGGAAGUCUGAGACUAAUGAUCUUACAAAAAGCCAGUCUUGUUUUUCAGACGACGUCUGGUUUAAUCACCGGUUACGUUUUCAUGGACUAAAGGUUUUUGGAUAAACGUAUAAGCAACAGACCUCCAUGAAACAGAUGAAUGAAGUCUUUAGGUGUGGUUCACAGAUAAGCAUGUGGUAGACUUCUGUAAUUGUCACAGACAUCCUCAGCGACCGACACGUUGUGUUUGUAGCAUCAACAAUUGCACAAUUUUCAAAUCUGUCAGUAGCCACCUGAUAUUAGAGAUACUGGUGUUUGCAGGGAACGCAACGAUCUCAAUAUUACGCACUUCACUGAUGUUGGUUUCCAUUUGUCUCGAGCGGCAUUGCCACACAUAUAUCCUAAAAUCAGUUUACAAUCAUUUAUAAUCCAUGAAUAUCUGAUACUUGUAUUAUAGUUUACAUAAAGCAGUGGAGUAUAUAUUAGUAUGUAAACUUCCUCAAUGCAGAUAAUUCAUAAGAAUAUCUAUCUACACACAAUAUGCAUUGAUGUACAAUCAAGUGCGUUGUGCAUUUAUUGGUUGGUAAUUGGAUUUAUGAACAGUUAAGGCACCCACUGCUUUUCUGACUUUAUUUGGUAUCAGAGCAGAUGAAGAAUUGGUGCCCAUUUUCACAUUUAAUUAUCUUCCACCAAGGUUUGGUGUCGUAUUCCACUUUCUCCAGGCUUGGAGCAACAUGCCUUUUUUUUAACUUCUCAUGCAACAGCUUUACACAUCCACAGAGUUUUCUUAUGUUUGCAGAGUGUGUUAUUUAUAAUUGUCUUUAUAAAGUUUUAUACCACGAGAAAUCGUUCCAGCACUGUCGACAGACACCGGUGCUGAUUAACAGCGGGAGCACGUUGUCAUGCUCGUAACAUCAAUAUUGCAAAUGAACAUGCCUUUUUCCUAAGUGUACAUUUCAUUUUAGUCACCGUUAUGCUGUAUAGAUGGACACAGAUUUUUUUGUUGUUGUUUUUAAGUACAGAUAACUGUGAAUGAAAACAUACACAUGGUCAAAGAGUUAUUUAGACUAAAAUGUUUGACAGAUUUUAUGGUAUUUAUUAACAUGUGAAAAAAAUGUAUUAUAUGUAAAGUAAAUUAAUCCUAAUUUUUAAAAAUGUUGUUGGCUCUUGAAAAAGCUUCAUGUUGCUAAUUUGCAUAUUGGGUAUUGGAUGUAUGCAGAGGCAAUAAAACAAUGCAGUUACAAAUGA